AAACAAGGAAACUAUACUCUAUACUAUAUUACUCCUAUGUAGCAAGGAGAAAAAGUAGGGGAAAGUGUAAGAAAGAAGACCCUUCUUUUGUUCUUGUAAGCUGCAUCUCCCAGUACAAAGUACCCCAUCAUCCAUCUCUCUCUCUCUCUCUCUCUCCCUCUCCCUCUCUCUCUGUCUCUCUCAAAUGUACAAACCCUAAUUCCCAAUUCUACAAACGGUGUGUUUGUGGUGAUUGAUGUUGGAAAUGAGCAAAGAUCGCCCACCUGAGCCUCUUGAUUUCUUCAUUUGGACUGUUGAGGAUGUAGGUUUGUGGUUGGAAGAGAUAAAUCUUGGCACUUAUCGUCCAAUUUUCAAGGAGCAUGGUGUAAACGGAGAAUAUUUGGAAGGCAUGUCCAUGUUUACGACGGAACAAAUACUUCGGUUUAUAAGACGCUGUCACAUGAAAUGGGGGGAUUUCAUAACACUCUGCAAGGAACUCAGGCGAAUAAAAGUGGCUUGCUUGAAGGGAGAGCAAAAAGUUCGCCGCCCUUGGUGGGCUCCUUCUUGCCUCUCUAUAGUAUUCAUCAAGGCUGCAAAACGCAACAGGCAAGCACGAGUCGUCUCCUUGAAACUGGAAGCGUGAUAUUGAACCUGCCUAUGCGUGCUUACCUUUUGUUAUAUAUAUAUAAGUAUAUUAGGGGCAAAACAGACAAGUAGGAUAUAGCCUCUCUAUAAUUUUCCCUUUAAUUUUCCCCGUAUGUAGAGUUUGCCAUGUUGGUGCUGUUUUUGUUCUUAAAUAGAGAACUUUCUUUUGUGCAAGCCCUUGUAUAUUUCUUUGUUUGUUGAACAUGUAACUCUGUUGUUAGCCCCAAACUAUAGUGGAAAAAGAAUAUAUAAUAGAAUGGUGCACAAUUAUUUUCUCCCCAAA